UGAUCUCCUCAUUGCGCAUGCGCCGUCGAGGAGGAAAUUGGACCAUAUUUUUAAAACUCUAUACCUGUUGUUGUUAAUAUCGUCUGUUUUUGUAAAAGAAUGAUUCAGAAAAUGUGAUUUCUGAAGAGGAAUAGCCAUUAAACCUCAUCCGUCCAUUAUGAAAUGAAUGAAUUGAUUCAGAUUGUGCUAAAUGGAUAAGGAUUAGCGGUCUUUUUAAUCGUCAUAGAGUGAUGCCUUCACCACUCGUUAUCCUCGCGUCUUUGUCUGUGGUGGUCGGGAUUCUCGGCAGCAUUUUUAUCUUAUUAGCCAUAUCUGUGGACUCCUGGGAGGAGAUCAACUUUUCUAUGACUGAAACCAACUCGUCUUCACUGACCAUCACACCAGCAACGUCACGAUCUGACGUCACUGUAUACCAUAAUAUCAACACCGACACCUACUAUUUUAUGUAUUAUGAAUACGGAGGGCCUUGGAAAUUAUGUGACCUACUUUCAGACGAGGCUCGUGCUAAAAUAACGACCUUGGGUGGUGAAUUCAGAGAUAGGUGCUAUAACUUUGUGUCUGAAUACGACGAAGAGUCAUCAACGCUUCAGAGUGAUGGAAAAUCUAUUGCCAGACUGCAGAACUCGGGGGCAUCGUGCUUCAUUGUCUGUAUCAUUGACCUAGUGGCAGCCUUGGGAGUCGGUGUCAUUGCUCUAAUCCAUAAACACGUUACAGCGUGCAUGGUCACUGGGGUUCUCUACUGUAUGGCAAGUUUAUUUACUGUCUUUGGACUGGCAAUUUUCCAUGUAAAGCAUCAUUAUGAACUGUAUUACUGCCAGUCGUUGUAUCCCAUACCAAAAGAUUCCUGUGCGUUCCGGACUCUGGCAAUUUUGUGGGCGGUGCCCGUGGCGUGGGUGGGUGUGGUCGUGUGCUGUGCUGCCAGUGUUCUUUGGUUGUUCCUAACACGUGCUCUGAGAGUCAUCAAAGCAAAAACGAUGAUCUGAUGUUUUCGAUCAAUUUUUACAAUUAUUGCUAUUUUUGUAAAUAAUAUACAAAUUUGUUUUUGUUAUGACGCAAUAAAAGUAUUUGAUGAAAUUAG